UCUCAUCUAGGUAGUAAUUGCGAUUAGGUAGUCAAAUGUUGCCUUGUGUUACUGAGAAAGGAUCGGUCCAAGCACGCUAUAAAUAAUAAUAAAAUGGAUAUGCAACGAAUAUUGUUCUGAUACCUCGUGGACAUAAAUAUACAGCGAGUAUCUGCAAAUUCAGUUACAUAGAUAUACAGUGAGUCUCUGCAAGUUCGGAUACUUCGUGGACAUAGAUACACAGCGAGUGUCUGCAAGUUCGGAUUCUUCGUGGACAUAGAUAUACAGCGAGUAUCUGCAAGUUCUUCUUUGAGGUGAACAAUGGGUUCUGAAGAAGAUUGCAAGGGAAACUGUAUAGGAUGGGCAGCUCGAGAUUCAUCUGGUGUUUUGUCACCUUACAGAUUUAGCAGAAGAACUCCAGGUCCAGAUGAUGUCUCAUUCAAGAUAACACACUGUGGAGUCUGUUAUGCAGAUGUUGUGUGGUCUCGAAAUAAACAUGGUGAUUCAAGAUAUCCGUUGGUGCCAGGGCAUGAGAUUGUGGGAAUUGUCAAAGAAGUUGGUUCUAAAGUGUUUCGCUUCAAAGUUGGUGAUCGCAUAGGAGUGGGCACAUAUGUCAAUUCUUGCCAGGAAUGUCAAUAUUGCAAUGAGAAAAUGGAAGUUAAUUGUGUGAAGGGAAGUAUUUUUACCUUUAAUGGUGUUGAUGUAGAUGGCACAAUAACUAAAGGAGGAUAUUCUGACCAUAUUGUGAUUCACCAAAGGUACUGCUUUAAUAUACCAGAAAACCUACCAAUGGCUGUAGCAGCUCCUCUGUUGUGUGCUGGUAUUACUGUUUAUAGCCCCAUGAUUCGCCAUCAUAUGAACCAAGCGGGCAAAUCUCUUGGAGUGAUUGGGCUUGGUGGGCUAGGCCAUAUGGCAGUAAAAUUUGGAAAGGCUUUUGGGUUAAAUGUAACAAUUUUGAGUACAUCUGUAUCAAAGAAGGAUGAAGCAUUGAAGACUCUUGGAGCAGAUAAAUUUGUUGUGUCAUCUGACAAAGAGCAGAUGGAGGCUUCAUCCAAGUCUCUAGAUUUCAUUAUUGACACUGCUUCAGGGGACCACCCUAUUGAUCUUUACAUGCCACUUUUGAAGACAGCAGGAGUGUUUGCCAUUGUUGGUUUCCCUUCUGAAAUCAAAGUUAAUCCUGCAAAUCUUAUAGUGGGCAUGAAAUCAAUUGCUGGUAGUGUAACAGGAGGCACCAAAGACAUUCAAGAAAUGAUUGAUUUUUGUGCUAGAGAAGGGAUAUAUCCACAGAUUGAAGUCAUUCCAAUCCAAUAUGUGAACGAAGCUUUAGAACGCAUGAUUAAGAAAGACGUGAAAUACCGCUUUGUAAUUGAUAUUGAGAAUUCUUUAGGCUCAGAUUAAGCAUGCAGGAAUCAAUAAUGAUUGAAUAUGAGAAUGGAGAGUGGCGAAAAAGUCUUAAUGCCACAUAGUGUAGAAUGAUGAUACGGAUCAAACACUUUUCUUAUCUAGACAAUAAAUGAUUCACAUAAACUAGAAUUAUAUGGGAAAUAAUAUUCAUAUUUCUCAGGUA